AGUCAGCAGGAACGUCUCCUUAUGAAGUUACAGAACUUGUGGCAGAGAAAAAUCGACCAAACAAAGGAAGUAAUCGAGAAACGGUACACCAAGUUCCUCAAGCGAUAUCAAGCCAGGCAGCGAAGAAACACAAGUCCAAAGGUGAUUAAAAUUAUGUGUAAUUGAAUUUCUAUGUCUUAGCUCUCUAUAGCUGUUCGAAAAUAUUCAUGACCUCUUACCGAAAGGUAGUUUCCUAUAUAAAUAUAGCACCUUUUUGGAUAUUAUAGCACUAUGUCAUGGCACUGUUAAGAGGACAAUCAGACUAAUUCUUUGCAUAUAAUAUGAUAUCCGGAUAAAAGUUUUAUUUUGAACUAAAGUAAUGUUUACAUUAAUGUAGGUAAAGCAUCAGUCUUGAAACCACGCCGACCAGCGCCACCUCCACCAUCAUCACAACGUCCCUCAGUUUCCCAACCUUCCACAGUACAGCACGUUUCCUCGCUUACCCCAGCACUCUCGGCUGCCCCUCUUUCCUCAACCCGUCAAAAUGACCCACCUUCACAGGCAUUUGCACCUCUGUUACUACCCGAAGCUCAUCCAGCAAACCCAGCAACUCAAGCACCCCAAACUGCCCCACCUCUCUCAACUGCCCCACUUGCUUUACCUUUUCCAGCUCUCGAAACUUGUCCGCUUUUCCAAACUCCGCCAGCUCAAUCCACACAGGUAAUUAACAAUCGCUACUAUUUUUAUAAUGUGCAUAAAGAUGUUUUUGGUUCUAUGCGUAAAAUCGUAGGCUUGUGUGUCACGGCCAGACUGUAGCGAGUCCACAGUAAAUUUUAAAACUAUUCCUCCAAAUCAAUUUGUUUCUAACUCAUGAUUUUGGUCUCUGCAUUGCUAAAUUACUAAACCUGUCUACGACCACAAGUUCCAUUCUCAUGGAUUGUUGUUUGUCAAAGUGACCAAUGUGACGUCUGCUCACUUGACAUGCGACAUUUAUACAAAGACAAGAAUAUAUAUGAAGAUAAAAUUCCUGCCAGAAAGAUGUGUCAGUUGAUAUAAUGUUGCACAUUAUAAUCUAAAGAAUUCGAGCUCAUUCAUUGCGCAAUAGCUAUAAUUUAUUAGAGCAUAGUCAAUAGACUAAGAAGGUUAGGAAACUUGAUGCAGACAUAAUAAACAUCAUUAUCUAUGUUUUUUUUCUUGGUUUAUGCAAAAAAUGAUCGGUUCAUUGUCAUGUGUGUAUUGUUUUUUUCAAAUGUUUCGCCCAAGCAACGAAUAGCAGUGUGUUGAUUUAAUUACCUGGCCCAGUCGUGAUAUUACACAGUGGCUAAUUAAAUGAAAAUAUACAUAGCUAUUGGUUGCUUUGGCGAACAUACAAUACACAUGUGACGAUGAACCAACCAUUUCUUGCAAAAACCAAGAAAUAAACAUAGAUAAUGAGACAUCUAUUAUGUCUUCAUCGGGUUCCCUAACCUUCUUUUCCUAACCUUCUUAUUCUAUUGACUAUGAUAAGAGGACAGACGCACAGAAUGUCAUCACACCCUUUUAUUCUUACCACGUUGUGACAUCAUACAUACGCUGUUUCAUAUCGUAUCAUAUUUUUUGCUUUCUGUAGGAAAAUGAAGAUUCUAAAGAACCAGGUAAUGUUGAAGGUGUUGUAAUUGUCCCUCCCCGGAACCAAACAGGAGAUACGUUAUCAAAGCUUAUUAAAGUUACUAAAAGACGAAGUGUAAUUAAUCCAAACCCUCGUGAACUACCACCUAACAGGCCUGUCCCUAUACCACCCCCUAGAAAAGCACGCAAUCCACCAAAAUCCACUGACAACCUUCCCCGUCCUCGACCAAUCAAAUUGCCUCGGAAUUUAGGAAAUAAAAAACCUGAUAAACCAAACUUAAGAAAUGUACCAGAAGAUGCCCCCGAAAGACCUCCGCCGCCUGUACCUGAAAAGCUGAAAGAAUUUAGGGAAAAACGGCUGUCCAGCAGUGAAGGGUCUUUAAGCGGGCAGCAUUUGAACCAGGAGCAUUUACCACGGAAACAACCAGCCUCAGAUAAUGAAAGGUCUCAACCGAAACCAAAACAGCGCGAUCGUAAGCUUAGCAACAGCCAGGAAGACCAACUUGUUAGAAAUAAGAAAAAUGAAAUGGCGUCUGCAGACAAGAAUAAAGUUAGUCCAAAACCUCAACCUCGGAGACGUAGCCAAGAACAACAAGAAGCAGAAUUCAGAAAUGAUAAUUCGCCAAUAAAAGACCAAAGUAGGAUCGAUGACCCAAAAAAAUAUAGGAAUAAAGAACAACAGAGCACUAAAUCUUGUGAAGAAGGAAAGGACCGAGAACAUACAACAGCUUCUCCUAAACCGAACCGAAGAGUUUCCGCGCCAGAGGCACCUCUAAGAUCUUAUUCCUUGUCUGAAGAACCUUCAGACGAUCAACCGAAAACUCGUCCUACAAUCAAACCAAGGUCAAAAUCCCUUGCAAAUCUAUUUUCCUCCACUGGUAAUGGGAAUUCUGAUAAAGGAGCAAUUUCGGAAUCUCAACAGCGAUCAAGAUUGCACUCUUCGGACAAUACUUCACUGGGCGAACCUAGUUACACUGGAAUUACUGAUUCACAUCACCAGGUGCACUGUGAUAACAACCAAAACAUUACCGGGUUCAAAUCUAUUGAACCACUGCACCCACCAGGUCGAAGCCCCCCAAAACCAAAACCAAAAACAAGAGCGAAAAAGAAUCAUCGUGAAAAUCAAGUUUAA